CCACCUGCCCCGCGCCGCGGCCCAACUUGGAUGGAGUUGGGGUCCUGAGCGCCCCCCGACCGCCGGCCCGCCUCCGCUCCGGGACCCUCCCCCCCGCCCCCUGGCCGCUCGUCUCGGCUCCGGCGAUGGGAAAAGUUGGCGCCGCCGGCGGCCCCCCUGCCCGGCUGAGCGCGCUCCUGGCCGGCGCGGGGCUCCUGGUGCUCUGCGCCCCGGGCCACGGCGGCCGCGCUCCGGGCUGCCCCCCGCCGCGCCCCGGCCCCGGCCCGCGCGGGGCUCCGACCCCCGGGGUCUUCUUCCCGCCGGGCCCUCGCGGCGGAGCCCCUGCCACGCCCCUGCCCCUCCUCGGGCGCCCCCUGUUCGCGGUGGCCCCCGGAGACCGAGCGCUGUCCCUGGAGCGGGCCCGGGGCCCCCGGGCAUCCCCGGCGCCGACCCCGCGCUCCGGUCGGAGGAGACGCAGCCCCGAUGAUCCGGACCAGGCAGCCGGGGCAGAGGGUGCGAGUCGCAGCCCCCGGGGAGUGCCGCGGGACGGCGGGCAGCGGGAGCCCGGGACUCCGGAACGGGACCCGGACAAAGCCACUCGGUUCCGGAUGGAGGAGCUGAGACUGACCAGCACCACGUUCGCGCUGACCGGCGAUUCCGCGCACAACCAAGCCAUGGUCCACUGGUCUGGCCACAACAGCAGUGUGAUUCUCAUUUUGACAAAGCUCUAUGACUAUAACCUGGGGAGUGUCACAGAGAGCUCACUUUGGAGGUCGACUGAUUAUGGAACAACCUAUGAGAAGCUAAAUGAUAAAGUUGGGCUGAAAACAAUUUUGAGUUAUCUCUACGUGUGUCCUACCAAUAAGCGUAAGAUUAUGCUACUGACUGACCCAGAGAUUGAGAGCAGUUUGCUAAUCAGCUCAGAUGAAGGGGCGACCUAUCAGAAAUACCGACUCAACUUCUACAUUCAGAGCUUGCUUUUUCACCCAAAGCAAGAGGACUGGAUUCUGGCAUACAGCCAAGACCAAAAGUUGUACAGCUCUGCUGAAUUUGGGAGAAGGUGGCAGCUGAUCCAGGAAGGGGUUGUUCCAAACAGGUUCUACUGGUCUGUGAUGGGAACCAACAAGGAUACAGAUCUCGUGCAUCUUGAGGCCAGGACAGUGGAUGGUCAUUCACAAUACCUAACCUGCCGGAUGCAGAACUGCACAGAGGCGAACAGAAGUAAACCUUUCCCAGGCUACAUUGACCCAGAUUCUUUGAUUGUCCAGGAUGAUUAUGUGUUUGUUCAGCUGACCUCAGGGGGGCGACCGCAUUACUACGUGUCCUAUCGGAGGAAUGCUUUUGCCCAGAUGAAACUACCCAAAUAUGCUCUGCCUAAGGAUAUGCAUGUCAUCAGUACAGAUGAGAAUCAAGUGUUCGCAGCAGUUCAAGAAUGGAACCAGAAUGACACCUACAACCUCUACAUCUCAGACACCCGGGGUGUCUACUUUACCUUGGCCCUUGAGAAUGUCCAGAGCAGUAGAGGCCCUGAGGGCAAUGUCAUGAUCGACCUCUAUGAGGUAGCAGGGAUAAAGGGAAUGUUCUUGGCUAACAAGAAGAUUGAGAACCAGGUGAAGACUUUCAUUACAUAUAACAAAGGCCGAGACUGGCGUCUGCUGCAAGCUCCAGACACUGAUCUAAGAGGGGACCCCGUACAUUGUUUACUGCCCUAUUGCUCACUACACCUUCACCUGAAGGUUUCUGAGAAUCCCUAUACAUCUGGGAUUAUUGCCAGCCGAGACACAGCUCCCAGCAUUAUUGUGGCUUCAGGUAAUAUUGGUUCAGAGUUAUCAGACAGUGAUAUCAGUAUGUUUGUGUCUUCAGAUGCAGGGAACACUUGGAGACAGAUCUUUGAAGAAGAACACAGUGUCUUGUAUCUGGAUCAGGGUGGCGUCUUGGUGGCUAUGAAGCACACAUCUCUCCCCAUUCGACAUCUUUGGUUGAGUUUUGAUGAAGGAAGAUCUUGGAGCAAAUACAGUUUCACAUCUAUCCCACUGUUUGUGGAUGGGGUUCUGGGUGAACCUGGGGAAGAGACACUCAUCAUGACAGUGUUUGGACACUUCAGUCACCGCUCUGAGUGGCAGCUGGUAAAAGUGGACUAUAAGUCCAUUUUUGAUAGACGUUGUGCUGAGGAGGACUACAGACCUUGGCAGCUGCACAGCCAGGGGGAAGCAUGCAUCAUGGGAGCAAAACGGAUAUAUAAGAAGCGAAAAUCGGAGCGAAAGUGCAUGCAAGGAAAAUAUGCCGGAGCUAUGGAAUCUGAACCCUGUGUCUGCACAGAGGCAGAUUUUGACUGUGACUAUGGUUAUGAGCGACAUAGCAAUGGUCAAUGCCUGCCAGCAUUUUGGUUCAAUCCAUCUUCUCUGUCUAAGGACUGCAGCUUGGGACAGAGUUACCUCAAUAGCACUGGGUACCGGAAGGUGGUUUCUAAUAACUGCACUGAUGGAGUGAGAGAGCAAUAUACUGCCAAACCCCAAAAGUGUCCAGGCAAGGCCCCUCGGGGGCUCCGGAUUGUCACUGCUGAUGGGAAGCUGACAGCAGAACAAGGACAUAAUGUCACGCUUAUGGUGCAACUGGAAGAGGGUGACGUGCAGCGGACGUUUAUCCAAGUGGACUUUGGGGAUGGUAUCGCCGUAUCUUACGUCAAUCUCAGCUCCAUGGAGGAUGGCAUCAAGCACGUCUAUCACAAUGUGGGCAUUUUCCGAGUGACCGUGCAGGUGGACAACAGUCUGGGGUCUGACAGCGCCGUCCUGUACUUACAUGUAACUUGUCCUCUGGAGCAUGUGCACCUAUCCCUUCCCUUUGUCACCACCAAGAACAAGGAAGUCAAUGCAACUGCAGUGCUGUGGCCCAGCCAAGUGGGCACCCUCACUUACGUGUGGUGGUAUGGGAACAACACAGAGCCCUUGAUCACCUUAGAGGGAAGCCUUUCGUUCAAGUUCACUUCUGAAGGGAUGAACACCAUCACGGUGCAGGUGUCUGCUGGGAAUGCUAUCCUGCAGGACACAAAGACCAUCGCCGUGUAUGAGGAGUUCCGAUCUCUUCGUCUUUCUUUUUCUCCAAACUUGGACGACUACAACCCAGACAUCCCCGAGUGGAGGAGAGAUAUUAGCCGAGUCAUCAAAAAGUCCCUGGUAGAAGUCACAGGAGUUCCAGGCCAACACAUAUUGGUGGCAGUGCUCCCCGGCUUGCCCACUGCUGCAGAGCUUUUUGUCUUGCCCUAUCAGGAUCCUGCAGGAGAAAACAAAAAGUCAGCAGAGGACCUGGAACAGAUAUCAGAGCUUUUGAUCCACAAGCUCAACCAAAACUUGGUACACUUUGAGCUGAAGCCUGGAGUCCAAGUCCUUGUCCAUGCAGCUCACUUAACAGCAGCUCCGCUGGUGGACCUCAAUCCCACCCACAGUGGCUCUGCCAUGCUGAUGCUCCUUUCGGUGGUGUUUGUGGGUCUGGCAGUGUUUGUCAUCUACAAGUUCAAAAGGAAAAUCCCGGGGAUUAAUGUUUAUGCCCAGAUGCAGAAUGAGAAAGAACGAGAGAUGGUCAGUCGAGUCAGUCAGCCCGAAAGCAGGCCCCAUAUCCCUCAGACUGAACUCAGGAGGCCUGGCCAGCUGAUAGAUGAGAAGGUGGAGUCACAGCUCAUAGGAAGUAUUUCCAUAGUUGCUGAGAAUCAAAGCACAAAAGAAAUCCCUACCUAUGUAAAUGUUUGAAUGGAGGACGCCAGUAAAAACAAACAAAAAUACAAAAACAAAAAAAAAUAAAAUAAAAACAGUCAAAAAAAUCCAAACAAACAAAACAAACUAAACACUCACUGCAUCGGGACUUUUUAAUUCUUCAGACAGAGACAACAAGGGUUUUUAGCUUUAAGCCUGUGCAUGUGGACAAUACCUUGAGAACAUGCUAUGAGGGGCAGUGUACAGGUGCUCUCUUUUAACGGAAAACACUCCCCUCCCCCCUUUCUUCCUUUCUCUUUUUUCUGAUCGGUCGUGUUUGUAGAAAAUUCAUAACAGAGAAGCCAAGGAAACCUGCAUGUGUUUUUGGAAAUAUCCUUGGCUCUAGAGUUAACAGCUAUUUUAGCACUCCAGGCUAAUGGGUGGGUUAGCCACCCCAGCCUUUUUCCUAAGACACAGAAACAUGCCCAGGAGGUUCAGCCCCUGAGCUGUUUCUCUGUUUCACCUCCCUUACUGUCAUUUUCCCUACUGAAUUAUAUUUGAUGGCUCUAUUGACCAGCAGUGGCCAUAGGCUGAUUUUUCUCUAUUCUGUUAGGCCCUGGGGACGGUGAAAUGCAUUGCAUUUCCUUGUAUGCAGACAGAAUAGGGAAGGAAG